AUGCCUGCCCUACCUGUGUCGUGGAUGGACUCAUCUAGAUGGCCCCAGGAGUCGCUCGACUGGGCAUCCUACGCCUACCAGCACCUCGCGCCGAGGGUCAACGUCAAAGGUCGAAUGGCGCUGCUCGUUCUAGUUUUUGUCGUGGGGGCUUUCGCAUGGCUGCUGUACCGUGCGUAUCAGGUUCUUACUACCUCGAAUGACAUCUUGAUCGAGAAACUCGGCCUCGACAUCCCACCUGCGCCUGUCCUGAUUCUCGAAGGAAUCUCCUCGCAAGAGAUUCAUUUGUCCUGGAAGUAUGCAGAACCAUCGUCGUCCGUACAAGAGCACCAUGUCGAACUCAAUGGGUCCCUCAUUGGGACUACGAAGAAGACCGAGAUGGGUGCAGUCAUCUCGGGUCUCUGCCCCGGUACCAAGUACGCAGUCCGCAUCUUCUGCAUAAGUACGAGCACCUUCCAAACCCCUAGCGCUGCCUUGCACGUCCGCACCCACUAUCUUCCAGAAGACAUCGAGGCGCCGGAAUUUGAUCCGACCGUCAAAGGCGUACCUGUCCGCAAUGCCUCCCUUAUCGCUCCCCCAGCUGCGCCCUCAAUGGCUCGUGAUCUGAGCGGGGGACAACCUCCGGGUAGGAGAGGCACAACUGGGCGAAGGUCGUCGCCGGCGGGGUAUGUCGUCGAUGCGCAAGGCCAGGACGGGUCCAGAGGCGAAGAGGACGAGGAGGACGAGAAUCUAGCGGAGUUGUCGCAAAAAUUCCAGAAAAUUCAGCAAGAGAUCGACGGGGUCGAAGCUCUAAUAGAAGAGGAAGAUAAAGAUUUUGAGGCUAACAUGAGGGUUUUGGAAGCACGCCGAGAUGAGCUGAAGCAGGCCCUCAAAGAGCGCGAUGAGCAAGCCAGUGAUCUUCGAAAGCAAGUCAACAAGGCUGAAUCUCUCAGUCGGACCGCUCAAAGCGAAAAGACCAAAAAGGAACGCUUGCUGCAACAGAAGGAAAACGAGCGGAGAAAACGGCGAGACGACAUUUCUCGAUGGGAAGAAGCGACCGCUGCCAUGAAAGAAGAAAUUGCCGGCAUCGAGAAGCAAAAAGCCGCCAUCGAGCGGCGGACCCAAGCGGAAAUCAGGGAACUCCGUAGGAAGAUCGAAGAAGAACAGAAGGAGGUCGCCAUACUCGAGGACGACAACAAGGACAAAGCACUUCAGAUCAAGGCCCUGGAAGACGAGCGUCAGUUGCAGAAUACAGAUGAGGAGACCGAAGAGACAAGAGAAGUCGAUCGACUUGACCGUGAGCGUGAUGAGAGAUGGCGAGCCAGAUUCAAUCAAAUGCAGCAGACCUAUGCCAACCUUUGGGCUGAGUUACAAUUUGUCAAUCAGCAGGUCAUGUACACCCGGGAUCAAAUCAAGCAAGUCGAGGGACGGAAGGCCAACACUAUGGCAUUCACGCCUAUCGCACCAUUGGAUAUGGAUGCCAUUCGGCGUGGCAACAGACCAGUCCGACGAGCACGACCUGCGGGUUCGCUUGGAAGUAGCAUUUCCUCGCCACGCGGUCACUUCGCAGGGCCUGAGCCGUUCCCUCCGGGACUGCACUAUACUUCGGUCACGACUUCUUCGCCAAACUCGAAUGUGCAAGGAUACUUUAAUUUCUCAAACGGCAUGACGCUGACAGUGCCUGGAGAGAUCCCCCAGUCUACCCAUGAUGAUCUCGACGCGGUUUCUUCGGUCCCAAUGAGUCCUCGUGCAGAUAUGCUCCUGCCGGCAGAUCUCCUUGGAGAUGAGUCUGCUGAUGAUAUUCCCGAAGUAGAGCUGCCUGAGCCGAAAGAGAAAUCAGAGACCGGCAUUAUGCCAUUUCCGAAAAUUGCAUCGCCAGUAUUGCACCAGGACAGCGGUCGAACUGAGUCUCCAAGUGUCGGUUCGUCGUCCGGGCAGUCGUUCUCGAGUCCCAUGCAGACGUCGGCACCAGUCGAAGUGGAUGAGAAGUCGUCCAGCUCCGACAAGAAGUCUGAAGAACAGGCCGAGGAGUAUGAAGUCAUCCAGCAACCGAAGAAGCCAAAAUACACGUCUAUGUCGUCCAUGUUUGGUCUGAACAGACAACGUGGGAAGACUCUCGCCGACCAGACGCCCAUUCUUGGGUCGCUUAAACCCGGUCAAAGCCAGUCGUUUCCAAGAAAUGUGGAAGGUUUCGAUCCCAGGCUGGAGCCUAAACGUCGCCUUAGCUAUGGGGGCAAUUGGGCAUUCCCGGGGUCGGCACUUUUGCAUAGCAGCGAGGCAGAAGAGAAGGAGACAGCCGUGUCUCGGUUCGCUGCCACCAGGCGUGCGUUCGGUUUCGGCGGGUUCGGAAAGUCGGUAACGCCCUCUGCAAAUUACGACCCUUUUGCAAUCAGGUCGGGGUCCUUUGACCCUGGUCUUCGAGGGGAUACUUCUUCUCCUCGGCCAGCAUCGACUUACUCUUUCGACAAAAUGCCGCGGCCGUCAAUGGAGAGCCAAUUCCGCGCCUGGAACGACAAAUCACUGCUGCGAAACAGUCCUUUAGCACCAGAGUGGGGUUCAUUGCAUUCCUAUUCUCGCAGCCAUUCGCGGCGGCCGUCGAUUGUCCACGGGUCUACGAGCAAUCUGUCACUUGCACAUGCCGAGGAGGAAGUAAUCGAACCGGACCGGAAACCAUCUCGUCCGCUGCAAGCACCCAUUGGCACGCGUCCCACCUCAGCUCAACAGUCCUCGACACCCAAAUUGAAUCCAGCCGCUCCGUCAUUUACCACUUUGUUUGGCCGGAGGGGUGACAAGAGCAAGGAGAAGGACAAGAACAAGCCCAAGGAGUCGAAGGAGAGGGUGAACGAUCUGGAGGCAGGGUCUCCGCCUGAGUCCAGGAAGUCCAGAGACACCAAUUCCCUUGCGGCAACCGUCUCCACCCUGGACUCUGAGACGCUUGACCGGAACCAGUCUGGGACCAGCGCUCAAUUUGCCGUCGAGAACGCUCCAGCAAAGCCGACAUUCAUUUCCAAGAUUACGCGCAAGGCCAGCAGCAAUAAGUUUGGAAGCUGGAAGGAAAAGGGUGGCGGCUUGUUCUCGAGGAAGGAUGCCGCCACCCCCAACGGUGACAACGAGGAUGAACAAGGCUCGACCGAUAAUCUUGGAAAGAGUCUGGAAAGCAUCUCCACCACGCCGACCGCAGAGGAGAAGAAGGCCAGCAGGACGAGUCUGAGCAACUGGAAUUUCAUGCGUAAAAGCAAGAAGGGGUUGAAGGAGGAUUUGACGGCCAGCGAGAUUAGUGAAAAUAGUGAAAGGGCGAGUGAGAUUGGCGAAGAGAGGGACGAUGAGCUUGAAGCUUGA